AUGGACCAGGUCGAAGUGCGCGAGUCGAAGCGCAUCAAGACCGAGAAGGACGCCAAGCCCGCCAAGGACGAAGGUUGGGAAGACCUCGACGCCGAGGACAUGGACGACCCCCUCAUGGUCGCCGAGUACGUCAACGACAUCUUCGAGUACAUGAAGGAGCUCGAGAUCGUCAACAUGCCCAACCCGGACUACAUGAGCAUGCAGCGCGACAUCAGCUGGCAGGUGCGGGGCGUGCUGGUCGACUGGCUGAUUGACGUGCACGCCAAGUUCCGGCUGCUGCCCGAGACGCUCUUCCUGGCGCUCAACAUCAUCGACCGCUUCCUGAGCCAGCGGAUGAUCACGCUGUCCAAGCUGCAGCUGGUCGGCGUCACGGCCAUGUUUAUCGCCGCCAAGUACGAGGAGGUCCUCUGCCCCUCGGUCGAGAACUUUGUCUACCUCGCCGACGGCGGCUACACCGACGCCGAGAUCCUCGCCGCCGAGCGCUACAUGCUCAAGGUGCUCGGCUUCAGCCUCAGCUACGCCAACCCGAUGAACUUUCUGCGCCGCAUCUCCAAGGCCGACAACUACGACAUCCAGACGCGCACCGUGGCCAAGUACUUUAUGGAGAUCUCGCUGGUCGACUACCGGCUGAUGGAGCACCCGCCGUCGCUCAUCGCCGCCGCCGCCGUCUGGCUGGCGCGCGAGGUGCUGGAGCGGGGCGAGUGGACGCCGACGCUGGUCCACUACUCGACCUACUCGGAAGAGGAGCUGCUGGGCACGGCCGAGAUCAUGCUCGACUACUGCCUGCGCCCGAUCGCCUACCCCUUCUUCCACAAGAAGUACUCGGCCAAGAAGUUUAUGCGGGCCAGCACCUACGUGGCCGACUGGGCGCGCAGCACGUUCCCCGAGGCGGUCGUGACCGAGGAGGAGGUCGAGGAGCAGGACCUCCUGUCGCUGCGCGUCGACCUCUUUGAGAGGCGCGGCCUCGAGCGGCCCGACUUUUCGCCCGUCGCAUCGAGCCGCGGCGUGACGCCGCUCACCGACUGCCGCGGCAACCUGGACGCCACCACGGCCGACGGCGCCGCGGGCUGCAACGAUGACGACGACGACGACGACGUCAGCCGCUCGUUUGGCGACGACGACGACGACGACGACGAAGAGCAGCGCGCCGCGUUGCGCGACGUCACCAAUGAGUACGACUCGACCACGUACUAG